CUCCAGUUCCGGUCGCGUCGACGGGCGGCCGGAAUCCCGCUCCUCAAUACACUGAUUCACUCUCUGUUCACGAAGACUUUUCCUAGUACGAUUUUUGCAUGCGCGCAAAUAGGGGCACGUGAGACGCCAGCGGCCGGUUUCUUUUCUCACUCCCUCGAGCCGGCAACAAUCGUGUGUAUUCCCGCCAAUUUCGACUUCAAAAGUUUGGCGCGAAACGGCGACACACAAGUGUUAGAUGAUGUAUGACUCUUGUUGUUAGUGAAGAUUGCUGUGAUUUUUGACGUUUGGGCUUACCUGUUGUUACCCACAAUGGAUGAUUGGGAACGGCAUGUUACCCCACUACUCCAAGAUAUGGGCUGUUCGAACGAGGAUGCCCAAGAUGACUUCUUCAAUCAACAAGACUUGCUGGUUGGCAGCAGCGGGGCGGGCAAUGGCGGAGCAGCCACUUCGCCAGAUGGUGGUUCAAGUUCUGCCCCACCACUGUCACCAGGCGGCUCUGGGGUCGUUGGUGGAGCCCUAUCUCCUGGAGCUGGAAGUCACGCCAGCACUCCAGCUGCCCCUUGCUGUGAUACACCAAGACCUAUAAUAACAGAUCCAGUGUCCGGCCAAACAGUCUGCUCCUGCCAAUACGAUGGUGCAAGGCUCGCCUUGUCCUCGUACCCUCGACUGUCCAGCGCUGCUGUGGGUGUCUACGGUACGCCGUAUCCAUCAACAGACCAGAACCCCUAUCCAAGCAUUGGCGUUGACAGCUCAGCAUUUUAUUCACCUCUGAGUAAUCCAUACGCUCUCAAAGAAGGCGGCGGCGAAAUGUCAGCGUGGACUUCAGCGGGACUUCAACCCUCCAGCGGCUACUAUCCAUAUGACCCCACACUGGCAGCUUACGGAUACGGUGCUGGGUAUGAUCUAGCUGCGAGAAGGAAAAACGCAACGCGAGAAUCAACAGCAACAUUGAAAGCGUGGCUUAACGAACAUAAAAAAAAUCCAUAUCCGACAAAAGGAGAGAAAAUCAUGUUAGCUAUUAUAACAAAAAUGACUCUCACACAAGUAUCAACUUGGUUUGCAAAUGCUCGCAGACGGCUCAAGAAAGAAAACAAAAUGACUUGGGAACCGAAAAAUAAAACAGAUGAUGACGAUGACGCUAUGCUAUCUGAUGAAGAAAAGGAACAAGAAGACAAAAUAAAAAAUAGCAAAGAUGAGGAGAGAAAGGGAGAUGAGCUGCUUCAGGGAAUGCACAACCAACUUCUUGGCUAUGGAAUAAAAGAAGAAUCAAAACGAGGUGGUUCAGACUGCGGAGUGCCAAUUCCGGCAUCGAAACCGAAAAUAUGGUCAUUAGCUGAUACUGCUGCGUGUAAAACUCCACCUCCAGCAGCUCAACCGUGGCCACAACAUGGCUAUAGUUCCGGACCAGAAAGAUCGUCAGCCAGUGAUGGAAGUUCAAAUGGCUUUGUUCUACCAGCCACAGCAGCUGCUAGUCCAGCCAGCGCAUCAUAUGGGCGUUAUGGAGGGUUUCCUGGUGGGCAAUAUGGUGGGCAGCAUCCGUGUUUUCACCCAGCGGCCUUCCCAGAUGUUCAGACUGACACACCCCCACAAACACCACCAAAUAUGAAGGUGCCGAGCGUUGCUAAUCCAUUGGGAAGCGGCGGAGGGUCAGGUUACUGCUUUCCGAGACACCAGCAAUCACCUCAACGUGACCCUUACCACAACCCACAUCACGCCAAUAAUCAUCAACCCAACCAACACCACAGCGAGGGAUCAGCUGGAUUCAAGCCUUUCUAUAAAAGGUAAAGUACGUUAAUUGCUGGGUCGCUGCAUCGACUUCGGCUCGUCAGGGACUUUUGAUUUAUGCAGUGGUACAGUGUACUUUAUACAAACAAUGUAGAAACUACACUUCUUGCUGGAAUUAAGUUAAACACGAAUUAACGUAGAAAUAAAAAUUUCCUACCUUUGUUUAUUUUGUAGAGUAAUUAUCGUGAAUUAUAUAGCACACUUUAAAAUAAUGUAUAAAGUAAUUUGUUAAAUUUAUUAUAAUUUCACCUAGUGUUGACGGUUGUCCUAGUGAAUUAAAUCUGUACGAAAGCAUUGCUCAGUAUUUUUAUAGAUUUAAGGAUAUUCUGGAGGUAAUAUUAUUAUUUAAUUUAUCUAUAUCACUUGUAUCGAGAGAAACGACAGCUUGUUGUUGUUCGGAAGUUCUAAUAUAAACAUUAAUGUUAAUUAGAGGACAAGGAAUUAAUACUUGUAAUAAUGUGUUCUAUUAUUUUUUAGUUCUUCCAUUUGAGUUGCGUCUCUUAUUUAGUUAUAUAUGUAAUUCAACUAUUAUGUAAGUAAAUAGAAAAUAAUUUAAAGCGUAUUAUUGUUGACAGUCAAUGCAAUAAUGACAAAUGCAAAAUAUGGAAAUAUCGAUUUUGUUUUACUUAACAACCAUUUGUUUAUUCAUUGUUGUUAGAUUUGUAUAUAUCUAGUUUUUGUAGGUUUUACUUUUUUAAUUUCACAUUAAAUGUACAAAGUAUUUAGAACUGUUCUAACACGUUGAUACAAUGUUCUCGGUAGAAUCGGAAAGAAUUUUUAUAAAUAUUGUUUUAAAAGUAUUAUUAGAGUACUUGUACAUACAUAUAAAAUUACUUUUAAAAAUAUUCUUUAUUUUUAAAACAAUCGGUUCAUUACUUCCGUUUCUGUUUAUCAGUAUUUUUAAUUGUGUGUCAGUUGAAAUCAGAUCUAUACGAAUUGGAUUGAUUUUUAAAAUAAAAUAAAUGUAAUCUACUAUGUCAGAAAUUAUUUGAAGUCAUAAGAUUUUGUUUCCCAAUUCUUCAUCAUUAGUAUUCACCUUAUAAAAACAUCUUUGCUGAAUAUAUUAUAUUAAUGAUUUAACAAGACAUGGAUAAAACAAGUCAGUUAAAUAUGUAUAACUCUUGGAAUAAUAAUGCACAGAAUACGGAUAUAUAUAUAUAUCUAGUUGAAACUCACAGACAACAUCAAGUCAUAAUAAAUGCAGUAACAAGCUGAUUACUUUAAAAUAUUUCUAAAUAUGUACCUCGCCCUUUUAUUUGCUUAUACGAAUCUCUAUAUUAAAAUAUCAUUUUUAAGCUAUGGAAAAAUGAGAUAAAGAUUACUGAUCCUUUUGAGAUUUGAAUACUUGUUGAAAUAAAGCGGACUCGGCCACCAAUUAUAACUAUGAGAUGUGACAGCAAUAAAGUUUCAAAUUGGCGAUUUACUCAUAUGACAACUAGAUAGCGGUCGAGAGUUCUAAUACUUAUCAGUCGUACCCGAUUCUAAGAUUAAAGUUUCAGAAUUAUAUUUAAAGAUUCAAGUCGAAUCAUAUAAUUGUGAAUCUAUACCAUUUGGGUCCAUUAAAUAAAUAACAUACAUGAACACAUCCUAGAUUUAUUUUAUAAAUUAUUAUAUUGUUACACGCUUUGUUUAGUUAAAAUAUUUAGUGCAAUUUAUGUCUAACGAGUUUAUUAUAGUUAAGAUGAAUUAAAUAUAUCUUUAAAUUAUUUUUCGACUUUUUGUUAGUUUUUAGAACUCAGGAAAAAAUAUUUUGAACUUGCCACUAAAUCACACAGGUGAUUAUUUGAAUUAAAAAAAUUGUCAAAUAAUCUAAGUGACUGGGUCGUCAUGGAAUCGAAAGUAAUUGUUAUUAGUUAAUCAUACUUCAAAAACUUCUUAACAGUAACACUUAAAUAGCUCCCUGUUAAGUUGUCAAACUAAGAUAUAUCAAACUACAUCGAAUUAAUGAAACCUUGUGUUCUUUAUGAAUAUAUUGUAAUAAAGUUGCAAUAUGUUUGAAUAAUUAUAGAGCAUUACAAAUUCAACACCCAGAAAAGCAAAUUAAUUGAAUACAAGCAAUUUAUAGACACGAGCAGUUUAGGAUACGUUCCAGGCAAUAUAAUGUACAUUAAAAAUCUUAGGUCACCUUAUGUACGUAUACAAAUUUUCUACGGAGGCUUGAGUGCAGUCAAUAAGAAGUGACCAAAUUGGAUACGUUUGCUUAAUACUAAAAUAAUAUGUCCUAUAUAGAUAUUUAUAUAUAAUACGUAUUAUCAUUACGAUUAUAAUUAUGUAACGAAUGUAAUUAAAUCUUUAUUUGAA